GCAAAGUGAGCAAGUGUGCAAAGCUACAAGAAAAAAAGCAGCUAGUUCUUAAUACAAAGUUACAAUAAAAUUCAAGUGUUGAGCAGAGAAAAAGUGUUAAAAACUGAAAAGCAAAAUGUCGAUCAUCCCAAUUCUGUUCCGAGACAGCUUCAUGGAUGACUUCCUGGACGACUUCAUGGAGCUUCCGAGGGAACGAUUCUUCACCAGAGCAUACCCAAAUGAUAUGCUGAUGGCCAUUAAUAACUUGCCCCUCCGUCGAGGAUACCAACGAUCUUGCCCGUACAAUCAAGUUAGAAAGGAAAACCAGGCUAAGGAUGGCAGCUUCCAAGUCAGCGUUGAUGUUCAGCAUUUCAAACCAGAGGAAAUUUCCGUCAAAAUGAAUGGAAAUUACGUCACAGUUGAGGGAAAGCACGAGGAAAAGCAGGACGAGCAAGGUUACGUGUUUAGACACUUUGUCCGAAAGUAUCAGUUGCCAGAAGGACACGAUCUGGAGAAGGUAGCGUCGUCACUCUCAUCCGAUGGAGUGCUGACCAUUAAGGCUCCCAGAUUGGCACUGCCAGAAGCACCAGAGACGGAAAAGUCCAUUCCUAUUGUGAAAACGGGAAAACCAGCCAAGCAAAUCGAAAAUGGAAAUGUCAACAAAGAAAAUAAGACAAUUGCAGCUGAAAAACAGUGAAAUGCAUUUGUAACCUUACUAAUUAUUAUUAAAUUAUUCAUUGCCAUUUUUCCGUUUUCAUUGCCAAAGACUUCUCAGUUCGGGAAAUAAAUAUAAGAAAUUAGUUUUGCAUACAAAAACAGAGUCUUUAUUUAAAUCCGAAACAUUUCCGUUGCUCCAUAAAACUUUAAACUUUUGAUAUUUUCAUUUCCUCAUUCAUUACUUUGAAAAUCGCAGCCAGAGAAUGUCAAAAAAAGUUUCUUUUCUUUUUAAAUGUAGCGCUUACAGUACAUUAGAUAACUAAGUAAAUUACGAAAUAAAUCGUGUAAAACUGUUCACUGAAUUGUUUCCAUAAAUUAAACGUGUACGCACUUAAAUUGACUCUAACAAUGUUGCAUGGAGAAAAAAUAAAAGUUACUAAAAUUAGUUGAUUCAUAUGACACUUAGAAUACACUCAAACCCCGUUGGUUUGACACCAACUUUUUAGUUUGACACCCCUUUUACGCGGAGUUCACACAAACCACCAACCGUUUGUUUUGAUAGUGUGCGUGAGCGCCGUGUAAAAAGUGACAGUUCGUUACUUUUUAGUUUGACUUUGACCAACCAACAGUGUACAAACUAAAAAAGUGUCAAACGAAAAAGUGACAAACCACUGGGGUUGAGUGUUAUCGAAUCUUCUGAUAAUCAAGAUUUAGGAUAAUAGAGUCUGCACUGUACUUACUUAAAAAAAAUCUUUUCUUAAAAUAAUAAAUAGCAGAUAGAUGAUAACUUUUUUCAAUAUCGUACAAUUUUCUUAAUAUGUAGGCACACAAAAUAUUUUGUUCUCAUUUUUGAUUUGCAGCUGAAGCAUAAACGAUCAUUUUAAAUGUUGAAUGAAUUUUCUUGAAUUCAUUCGACACUCACUUUAUUUGCGAUUGACAGUAGCAGUUGAGUGUCCCCAACAUAAACUAUAAAGCAAAACAUAAACAUUAGCUUUCGCGAGCUAAAUAAGUUUUGCUUCGGGAAAUGCCGAGCUUCAAGUGCAUUGUGUGCAAGAUAUCGUUGACGUCCGUGAAGCGGAGAAAUGUCGCCAUUUCUUUUCACAAUUUUCCCAGCGAUCCAGAGAGAAAGCAAGCGUGGAUAGAAUUUUGCGGCACCGACACAGGUGUGGUGUGCUCGGAGCACUUUUCCGACGAUUGCUUUCUUGGCGGGCGCGACGAAAAACCCAAACGUCGUCGGUUGGUUACAAGGGCUGUUCCUACAAUACGAUUCUCUGUAAUGGAAAAUGGAACAAGAAUCCUGCCGACUACCAACUCUGAAGACCAUGAUCCCGAUGACUUUUCCGAGUCCUUUGACUACAUGCCAGAGGAAGAUGCAAUAUCGCUACAGCAUGACACGAUUUUUGAGCUAACGAACCAAGUUGAAGAGUAUAAAAACCAGCUUGAAGACUCGACCAAGAAGUUACACGAGAUGGAAGUAGCAUUAUUUGAGCGUGAUUGUAUCAUCGAGGAACUGCGGAAAAAGCUAAACGAAGCUACAAAAAACUAAUUUUUGAUUAGGUCCAAUUAAAACUCUGUUUCGGAAAAUUAAAAUCAAAAUGCCAACAAUUUA